UAAACUUCUCCUAACAAAAUGUAAAUCCAGUAAGUGAAGUCCUAAAAGUCAUAAUCGCCUCGUUUUAAAUCGGGUGAAAACUUAAAAAAAAAAAACUUAUGAAAGAGAUACUGCCGAGAAUCUAAUAUCCAGCUCAAUGGUUGCUGCCGCAGAACCCGGCUCAAACUGGUCUAAAUGUGCUCUAAAUGCGCCUAAGCAAUCUCCAUUGGAUCGUUCAUCUAUCUAUAAUUAUCUGCGCAAUCGGCAUAGAAGCUCAACCCAGCGGUAUGAAAAAUCGGGAGAAGAUGGAAUCCUCCAUGAGCGGUGAUUAUAACGCGAAUAAGUAUGAAAAUGUGGAGCGGAGAAUGGAGCGGUCUAAUGGUGAAGGUCUACUGGAUGCAGAUCCGAUUGCUUCCGGCAUGGACACUCAAGCGUCGGAUCAAAAUGCGCUGAACACCUGCCAAAUGGUUCCCAAUGUGGCUGUUCCAGCUGCCCCUGCUGCCCCAGGUGCCCCCGUUGCCGACUUGUACCAAUCCAACUGGCAGCUCCAGCAGACGGAGUUGCAGGCUUUGCCGCAGCAGCAGCAGGCGUGUCCUUUGAGCAGGAUCACCCAGGCAACACCCAAUGCCUAUGCCGAACAGGAUGAGACGGAGCAGAGGCGCCAGGAGCUGCGCAAUCUCGUCCAGCACUUGUACGUGGCCCAGGCGAGGGUCCAACUGGAGGCUACCGAGAUCAGGAAGGCGCAGUCGGUGGCCUCCUCGGCGCAGGCGCAGCUGGAGGAGUCGGCCAACCAUGUGCGCAGCAUCACCGCCUCCCUGCACACCGCUCAGCAGGAAGUGGCCGCCUCGGCGAUUCGGGCCCAGAUCGCCCAGCUCCAGCUGGCGGCCCACGACCAGCUGCUGUUCGCCGCUCGCCAGGAUGUGGAUGCACUGUCCUCGCAGAUGGUGGGCCUCCAGGCGGCCGAGGGCAUCGUUCAGCCAAAACUCACGGUGGAUCUACACGCUCUGCUGGACAAGCUGAAGCAGCCUCUACAGCAGUAUGAUCGCCCCACGGCGGUUCCCGUCAUCGCCCCCAGUCUUCCGGGUACGCUGGCCCAUCAGCAACAGUUGCUUCUGCAGCAGCAGCAGCAGCUGGGACAAGGUCUCAGUCAAGGGCAGGGCCAAAGCCAGGGUCAAGGUCAGGGUCAGGGUCAGGGUCCUACGAACCCUACAAACGGAGCCGGUUCCAGCGAUUUCAUCAACCUGCCGAGGGUUAAUUCCUAUGCCAACUUGGAAUACACUUAGCUCUACAUCUAUGCGUAAGAACUCUUUUUUCUAUAUUUUGUAAAAGUUUUCUUUAGCAUUAUCUUCUUCCAUAGAAUUAUAUAUUUCCCUUAAAUAUU